AGCAGAAGACACUCUGUCCCAGAUAUAAWGCAGACAUCCUUCAGCAAGCAAAAGAGAGAGGCAUGCACAGAGAGAAGGAGAGCGGCAGAACAGCAGACAGACAGGGUAGCGGCAACAUAAAAACAGGGACAGACACAAAGACCAAAACCACAAAGAGACCUAAGGCAGGCGUGGGAAAAUGUGCAGCCAGAAACAGACCAGGAGGAAGAAGGAGCGGGAAUAAGGAGGUGGCUGCACCAUCUGUUGCCAAAGAGAAAAACAUGUUGGGUAUUCAGCAAGACGAGUCUGCAGUGGGAUGCAUGAAACCCCUCCUGAAUGACACUCAGGAUGGACAGCCUGCAGCUACAAGAACAACCAGGCACAGGAGUUCUACCAAACAACCAGCCUCUCUGUUUGGAUUAACAGCUGUCCUCGUCRGUCCUCGCUGAGCACUGCCGCGGUUUUGAUUUGAAUCACAGACUUCGAGUUUCCAAACUAACAAUGCACACUCCGGCCUCAAUGGUGAUGGGGAUCGUCUUUGCACCCUUGGGCCUGGUCCUCGUCUUCACUGCUGUCAUCACGCCUCAGUGGAGGGAGGGACAGGCCCGGCUGAACAUUGGAGGACCCGGGUCUUUUCUCCGAGGGGGCACGAAAGGUCAGGGGGCUGGUGCCAGGUCGGGGUCGGCGGAUGCCCUGCUCCUGCUGCGCUCCGACGGCCUCUGGGAGAGCUGCCUGCAAGUGGAGCACUCGGAGCUGAAGCAGUGCUGGCCCGUGUUCGGUCCAUACCAGAGGGACCCGCGGGUCCGGCUGGUGCAGGGCCUGGUGCUCGCCUCCUUGUUCCUGUGCGGCAUCGGCAUCGUGCUGGCCUGCGUCGGGGUCAGAUGCUGGACCGAUCUGCCUCUGAGGAGGGUGGCGGCUUCGGGGGGGAUGCUGGUGGUGAUAGCGGGGCUUCUGAGCCUGACCGGACUGGGGGUGUACACCCACAACCUCAGAAGACUCGGCGUGGAUCCAAGUCGAGGGGUCGGCAACCCCAGGUUCCCCCAGCUCAGCCUGAACCCAGCCGGGUCGCUCUACUURGGGUGGCUGGGUUCGUGCUUGCAGCUGCUGGGAGGGAGCGCCUUGGCCCUCAGCUUCAAGAGACCCCGAUGCCCAACCUGCCCGUCCCGCCAGGAGCAGGCCGUCUGUCCUGCCUGUCGCUCCUGUCCAGAAAUCACCAGCAAGACCGACGUGGACGUGUAUGAAGUCAGCUGUUAGACAGUUAAAAUAAGCAAAUUGGAAAUUCACCCAAAAAAUCUGACAAAUGGUUAUUAGCUGUAAACAAUAACUGUGAGACUGGAUGACAUGAUUGGCUAAUAUGAAUAAAUAAUAACACCAAAACAUGUGUUUGCAUCAUGAAUGUAGCUAAAAGCCUAUUAAUGAUGUAAAAAAGGUUGAAUGUUAAAGUAAAAGAAAUCCUUUUAGUAAAAUUGGAUUUUUGUGAUAGCUUUAAUCAAUGUACUGUUAGCAGAAACGUGACACAUUUGUGACAGAAAAAGACUGUUGUCAAAUAUUUGUCAUAAAAUAUUCAAGUAGCAUUUCAUAGAUCCCAUCAGGUGACGGCUGGAUAAAAAAAAAGAAAACAAAAAAUGCAUAACUUGUGGUCACAAGAUAAUUAUUGCCAUCAUUCCCAUGCAGACACUGUUGAUUGUUCACAUGGACGUGAAUUAAUUUCAUUUUAAGAAUUUAAUAUAGGAAUGAAUGACAUGCAGUUAGGCAUGACGUAGCAUUUUAUGUUGCAGUUAUAAAACACAGGAAAUGACUGAAGCUGUCUUUGUCUGAAAAGCUUUAUUUUAUUUGAAGCUCAUUUCUCUGAACAGGCUCCUCUCUCACGCCAUGCCUUUGCUGUGAAGAGUCUGAGUUYUGUCACGUUCAGGAACACAGAAAUAAAACAAAAAUUAUUCCGACACACACUGAAAGUGUUCAUUGUCAUCUGGUGAAUAUUAGUAUGAAAAAUGAACUGUUUAGAUUGAACCGUGGAGGUACUGUUUACACUUUGGAUUAAACACCAACCCAAAAAMGAAAAAUAAGUGUGGGUAUUUUAGAACAGAAAAACAAAAACAUAUUCGUAUAUAAUCUGACUCUAACAUCUGUAUUUCUCACAGAGACACUGCUGCUCAAAAUGAUCUAGUGACCACAAGUUAUUUGUUUUUCAUCCAAUGCCACCGGACGGGCUCAGUAGAAACUAAAACAUUUCUAAAGUGAAUAUAAUCUGUAUAGUUUUCUGCUGGUUUAAGCUGCAUUGUUAAACUUUUUCCUGUUUUUGUCCUGACCAAGCCUUCAWUUGAAUGUAAUGUGUUGUAAAAGGUUAUAAAAUUGUUUGUUUCUUGUGUAGUUUUUGUUGUAAAGRUGAAUAAAACUGUUGAAUGAUCCAA